UCCGGCUCACGCGCCGAGCCCCCGGCUCUGAUCCUGCUACUUUGGUGCUCCGGUGAGUCAGGCUGUGUUGAUGCGUUUUCUUUUUUUUUGUCCAAUUUUUCCCAGGCCAUCCGGACUGCCAGUCUUAUCGCGCGGGCGGUGGGGAGCUUCAGAUUAGCGGCCGAUCUCGUCCACUGCAGUCGGCGACGUCCUGUUCCCCGCGCUCCCAGCGUCUCCGGCGGGCGAUCGUGCUGCCUCUUCCUUCCGCAUCCCCUCCCUCCCCCCACUGAUCCUGUUUCUGCCCUUGUAUAA